CACACCACAGCGAAGUCUGUGCGGAAUCCUAAACCAGCCCAAUUUACAUCCAUUCAUGAAUCUGUGACGUCAGCAAGCCUUCGGGCUCCUUUGCGGUGGGCUGUUGGAUUGUGUAGGUGGAAUCCCCCUCCCCCUUAUUUUUCUAAUUCUGCAAGGCUUUUUAAAUUAACCUUUCAUCUUUUUAAAGCAAGAAAAUGGAACGGCAUGUGUAGGAAUUCUUCAUUGUUGUUUUGGAGCCCUCUCUUACAUCAAAGCUCUAUUGGAAUAGUCCUCUGAGUGUCAUCUCAGGACCGUGGGCACACUCAUGGCACGAUGGCCGGCCCUCAGGAGCACCUGAGCUGCUCCUCCUCCCCACACGUACCCUUGAAUGAAAACAAAACCUGCAGUGGACUACAGGAUGAACUCGCCCCAGGGGGGAGCCACCCCUCACCCACGCUCCUUAAGGACCAGCACGAAAAGGGGGUGGUGCAAACAGAGCUGACCGAGGGCAUGCACAGCCCCGUCGCCACAACAGCGUUGACAAGUGUAAGCGAGGACUCCAGGGACCAGUUUGAGAACAGCGUUCUUCAACUAAGGGAACAAGACGAAUCGGACAUGGCCGUGUCUCAGGGGAACAGCAACACUGCAGAUGGAGAGAGCGGGAGUGGGACUGAUGACGUCAAGAUCCAGUUCAGCAGGUCGGGCAGCGGCAGCGGUGGGUUUCUUGAAGGACUAUUUGGAUGCUUAAAGCCUGUGUGGAAUAUCAUCGGGAAGGCAUAUUCCACUGAUUAUAAAUUACAACAGCAAGAUACUUGGGAAGUGCCAUUUGAGGAGAUCUCAGAGCUGCAGUGGCUGGGUAGUGGAGCCCAAGGAGCUGUCUUCCUGGGCAAGUUCCGAGCGGAGGAGGUGGCCAUCAAGAAAGUGAGAGAGCAGAAUGAGACGGAUAUCAAGCAUCUGAGGAAGUUGAAGCACCCUAACAUCAUCGCUUUCAAGGGUGUGUGUACGCAGGCCCCAUGUUACUGUAUCAUCAUGGAAUACUGCGCCCAUGGACAGCUCUACGAGGUUUUGCGAGCUGGCAGGAAGAUCACGCCUCGAUUGCUAGUAGACUGGUCCACGGGAAUUGCAAGUGGAAUGAAUUAUUUGCACCUUCACAAAAUUAUUCAUCGUGAUCUCAAAUCACCUAAUGUUUUAGUGACUCACACAGAUGCAGUAAAAAUUUCAGAUUUUGGUACCUCUAAGGAACUCAGCGAUAAAAGUACCAAGAUGUCCUUCGCUGGCACAGUUGCGUGGAUGGCGCCAGAGGUGAUACGAAAUGAACCUGUCUCUGAAAAAGUUGACAUAUGGUCUUUUGGAGUGGUGCUUUGGGAGUUGCUGACAGGAGAGAUCCCUUACAAAGAUGUGGACUCUUCAGCCAUUAUUUGGGGUGUUGGGAGCAAUAGUCUACACCUUCCAGUUCCUUCCACUUGCCCUGAUGGAUUCAAAAUCCUUAUGAAACAAACAUGGCAAAGUAAACCUCGCAACCGACCUUCUUUUCGACAGACACUCAUGCACUUAGACAUCGCGUCUGCAGAUGUUCUUGCCACACCACAAGAAACUUACUUCAAGUCUCAGGCUGAAUGGAGAGAAGAAGUGAAGAAACACUUUGAGAAGAUCAAAAGUGAAGGAACGUGCAUACACCGAUUGGAUGAAGAACUGAUUAGAAGGCGCAGAGAAGAGCUCAGGCAUGCUUUGGAUAUCCGUGAACACUAUGAGAGAAAACUUGAGCGGGCUAAUAAUUUAUACAUGGAACUGAGCGCCAUCAUGCUGCAGCUGGAAAUGCGGGAGAAGGAGCUCAUCAAGCGUGAGCAAGCAGUGGAAAAGAAGUAUCCUGGGACUUACAAACGGCACCCUGUCCGCUCAAUAAUCCACCCCAAUGCCAUGGAGAAGCUCAUGAAAAGGAAAGGCGUGCCUCACAAACCUGGGAUGCAGACCAAACGGCCAGAUCUGUUGAGAUCUGAAGGCAUCCCCAGCCUGGAGGUGGCUCCCACCGCAUCCCCUCUGUCUGGAAGCCCCAAAAUGUCCACCUCAAGCAGCAAGAGCCGAUAUCGGAGCAAACCGCGCCACCGCCGAGGGAAUAGCAGAGGCAGCCACAGUGACUUUGCAGCAAUCUUGAAAAACCAGCCAGCCCAAGAACACUCAGCCCACCCCGCUCAUCUACACCAAGCUCAAUCCCAAUACCCUUCUCUGCAGCAGCAAUACCAGCAACCCCCUCCAGCCAUAUCUCAGAGCCACCAUCCCAGGCUCAAUAUGCACGGACAGGACAUUGCCACCUGCGCCAACAACCUGAGGUAUUUUGGCCCAGCAGCAGCCCUGCGGAGCCCACUCAGCAACCACGCUCAAAGACAGAUGCCCGGCUCCAGCCCUGACCUCAUCUCCACGGCCAUGGCCGCAGACUGCUGGCGGGGCCCUGAGCCCGGCCAGGGCCAGGCCGGCCCCUGGGGCUGUUGUCAGACCGACCCGUGUGACCCCUGCGCACAGUGCAGGCCAGAACACUGUGGGUCCUCGGACGGUCCCUUUGCUGAGCCAGCGGGGAGGAGCCCCGACCUUUUCAAGUCACCAGCACACACUCUCCUCUCCGAAAAUGCCCAAGGUUCUGAGAAAAUGGAAGAAAACGAAUUCGAUGGCUGUAGGUCUGCCUCAUCCCUUGGCGUCCCGCAUCACAUGACCCCGCCAGUGCUACCUCGAAAAACAAGGCCCCCUCAGAAGAGUGGAGAUGAGUCCUCAGAAGAGGAAGAAGGGGAAGUGGAUAGUGAAGUUGAAUUUCCACGAAGACAGAGGCCCCAUCGCUGUAUCAGAAGCUGCCAGUCAUAUUCAACCUUUAGCUCUGAGAAUUUCUCUGUGUCUGAUGGAGAGGAAGGAAAUACCAGUGACCACUCCAACAGUCCUGAUGAGUUAGCUGAUAAGCUUGAAGACCGCCUGGCAGAGAAGCUAGAUGACCUGCUGUCCCAGACACCGGAGAUUCCCAUCGAGAUAUCCUCACAUUCAGACGGACUCUCUGACAAGGAGUGCGCCGUGCGCCGCGUGAAGACGCAGAUGUCUCUGGGCAAGCUGUGUGUGGAGGAACGUGGCUAUGAGAAUCCUAUGCAGUUUGAAGAAUCGGACUGUGACUCUUCCGAUGGGGAGUGCUCUGACGCCACAGUGAGGACCAAUAAGCACUACAGCUCUGCUACUUGGUAGCGAGAGAAUACCCGUCCCGAAGAUGUCCUGACAGCACUGGCAUUUCAGAUCCACCCCACCCCCCGAUUCUUCCCGUUCUCUCCCUGCUUUUUUUUGUCUGGGAAGAGAGCUGCCCCAUCUUUCUUAUCCCUAGAAAUGAGCUGCAAUAACAGGAACAUGAGACUUUGCAAAUCUCUGGAAAAAAAAAUAUCCAAAUGAGAUUAAGUCUCACUGAACAUUUCAAUCAAGAAUGGCAGGGAUCUAUUUUAUUGAAUAUUCUAGCUACUGUAACAUUGAUAUUUAUUUUUGUUUGACAUUUUAACACUUUGUACUGUAAAGAUUGAACUAUAUAUGAUAUAGAGAGAGACACAAUAAUUUCUUGCAAAAAAGAGAGAGAGAGAGAGAAAGGAAGAAAGGAAAGGAAGAAUGGAAUUUAGGAGCAACAUUCUUGGGAAUUUGUGGGGCCAAGAUGUAUUAUUGCUACUUGAACAGGGGACCAGUUCUUUUGGCCAUAGUGACUGAAGAAGAGACAAAGCAAGACAUGUUGAGCAUUUCAGGAAACAAAGAACAGCAAAAGAAAAGCAAUCCCAAGGCAACUUAGGAAUAGACCACAGUAGGUUCAACCAGCUUAUCUUAUGGGUGAUGGAAAUGACCUAGAAAAGUUUGGUGACCGGAUACUUGCACCUGCGGUCUUUAAGGCCACGUGCUUCCUCUAGGAGGAAGAAGAAAACUGUGUAUGUGAAAACUGGUUUCAUUUUUUAAAACUUUUAAGCAACAUUUGGUUGCAAGACUUAACAGAUAGAGUCAAACCUUCCUUGACAAAUAUUUACCUUUUCAAUGCUGUCAUUGUCAUUACCUUGACAAAUGUAUUACUUGACCAAUGUGCCAUUUUCUUGUAGCCAUUUCCUUCCACCUGUGGACCACUUCCACUAGGAAAAAGGGGAGGGCUGAGGAGGAGAGAAGGAUAAGAGAAAAAGGAAAUUGACAACAGUGCUACAGAAGCACAUGGAAAGGGUGUACAAGCACCUUGUCAGGAUGUCCCAGUUCAUCUCAGUGGAGAAGCUGAAACCACCCCUCUCUGGAACCAGGGUGUUUGACUACUAGAGUCAUAUUGAUUCAAACAGGAGAACAGACUUCGAAGGCAGCUAGAACGAGUGAGCCUCUCCAGUGUCCAAUCCCAAACCAUCCCCUUGUUUUUAUUCAUUAACUCAUUCUGUCCUGUAAGCUUUAGUGACUGGCUACCACUCUCAGAAUAAAGGCAAAAUAAGCAACUUGCAAAAGGGAACUCGUCUCCCACCACAAUAGCAUUUUUGCUAAAUGCUAUUUGUAAAAUGUAUUUUACUUCUCUUAGCAUCAAUGCAGUUUUAAAUAAUUGGAUUUGGAAAUUUGUUGAAAGAACAACUGAUGCUGAGCAGCAACUGGGAAGGUUUUACUUUGUCCAAGGCAUGAGGUCCUUCCUGUCCAGGGUCAUGGGCUCUGAAAAGCAUCCCAAAGUACUUCAUGGUACCUCAGCUUUAAGCUAAUUUUUAUGUAGAAUUUUACAGAAAAACAAACGUUGGCCUCAUUCCUGCCUGUCAAACAAUGUCUCCGGGCUCGAGAUCUAAAGAAGGGGGCUACACUCUUUGACACGGCAUCAUGUGGAGCAUUAGGAAAGACUUGCACAUAUGGGGAUUAAACCAUUUCCAGUGCGGAUGAAACUCUGCCCUCCUCUGGUGCCACUGACGGCAUCGGCCAAAAAGGAAAGACAGGAGGGAAUUUAGAGCAGUUCCUUUUGCUUGUUUGACACCCCCCCCCAUUUGUUUACAAUUUAUGUUGAGAUAUUAAUUUAAAAUUUAGUGUCUAUAAUUUAUAGCUCUUAGGUAAGAUGAAGGAAAAAUGUUUAACUUAUACAGAGAGCAGUAUUGUUUGCAUUAAAUUAUUCCAUUUUGUAUAAAUUCUGUAGCUGGACUACACGAAAGAUCUUAAGUUAUGGCAUUAUUAUCAUUGUUAUUUUAUUUUAUAAUUAUUAUCAUUUUCUGUCGAUCAGAAGGUGUGGUUUACAAUGUAGCACAAUGAUUGUGUUUAUUGCUAACCAUGAAUUAUUAUGAAUUUUUAUGAUUUUUAUGAAGGAAUGAAAAUGGAACUGCCACUUGGGAGCUCUCCAGUAUUCAUCUUAGGUGCAUUCCCUCAUUUUCUGUGUACAACAACAAUCAUCUGAGGAUGCGUGUUCUGCCCUGGAGCCCAACUGGUACAUUGUGACUUAUCCUGGAAGCUCCUGGGCGGGCAGAUGACUAAGUGGAUGGAUGGACAGUUCAAAAGCUGUAACCUUUCUCAAGUUUCUUAAGAAAUAA